GCCGAUUUUACGAUCUCAGCAGGACUUCAUUUUCGUUAUGGUAUUUCAUAUAAUGAGUUUUCAGUACAAAGAGAUGCAGAGGCUUUCCGUAUUAAGUUAGAAACCUCUCGCAGAAGUUUUUAUGAGAUGUGGGAAUCAGUUAAAAAUCAAGUUGAAACUCAAGGAAAGGAAGAACCAGUUUUUAGAAAUAUGUGGAAUUUCAAUUUGCCCGAUGCUGCCUAUGGUUGGGUACUAUUGGAUAUUAAAGAUGGAAGAAUAUCCGCUGAAACUAAAGCACAAGCUAUUGGUGGAUCACAAACAUCCGAAAUUGGGGCACCUACGAGUCCAUAUGGUAUGGGAAAUAGACGUCAACAGUCUAAUUGGCAGCCUUCACCUGCUCUUCCACCUCAACCAUCAAAUGGUGGUGGAUCGAUGCCGUCCCCAAUUUUAACACCACAAAGAUCAGCAUCACCUGAAACAACACCCAAUCUUUCUAGCGAUUGGAAAAAACCAUUACCUGAUUCAGCAACAGCGAAUGAAUGGUCGUCAUCAUCAAAGGGAGCGGUUUCUUUAAGUCAAGAUCAUACGGAACGCGCAUCAAAUAUUCUUGGUAGUGAUACUAGUAGCAAUGACGAUAAUGAUAUAAUCAACUCCACCAAUCCAGGACAUAUUAAUGCAACAGAACCGUAA